AUGGUCACCGCCUUGAUGGCAAAUUCCACGUGUCAGGCAGUAGUGGAACUGCAGGAAGUGACAGUGGAAGCGGUGCGAGUGGUAUUGGAAGCGGCGAUAUCAGCGAAAGCGGUGGAAGCGGAGAAAGCGGCAGUGGAAGCGGUGGAAGUGAAGAAAGCGGCAGUGGAAGUGGAGAAAGUGGUACUGGAAGCGGCGGAAGCGGAGAAAGCGCCAGUGAAAUCGGUGGAAGUGGAGAAAGCGGCAGUGGAAUUGGAGAAAGCGGCACUGGAAGCGGAGAAAGCGGCAGUGGAAGUGGAGAAAGCGGCGGUGGAAGUGGAGAAAGCGGCAGUGGAAUUGGAGAAAGCGGCACUGGAAGCGGAGAAAGCGGCAGUGGAAGUGGAGAAAGCGGCAGUGGAAGCGGAGAAAGCGGCAGUGGAAGCGGUGGAAGUGGAGAAAGCGGUAUUGGAAGCUGCGGAAGCGGAGAAAGCACCAGUGGAAGCGGUGGAAGUGAAGAAAGCGGCAGUGGAAGUGGAGAAAGCGGCAUUGGAAGCGGAGAAAGCGACAGUGGAAGUGGUGGAAGCGGUGAAAGCGCCAGUGGAAGCGGUGGAAGUGGCGAAAGCGGUAUUGGAAGCGGCGGAAGCGGAGAAAGCGGCAGUAGAAGUGGUGGAAGCGGAUAAAGUGGCAGUGGAAGUGGUGGAAGCGGAGAAAGCGCCAGUGGAAGCGGUGGAAGCAAUGGUACAAGUGCUGAAAGCGGUGUUGAGAGUGGUGGUAGCAGUGCAAGUGGUGGUGAAAGCGGUAGUGGAAGCUGUGGAAGUGGAGGAAGCGGUGGAACCAGUGGUGGAAGCAGUGAAAGCGGUGGUGAAAGUGGUAGAAGCGAUGAAAAUGGUGUUUAAAGCGGUGGAAACAGUGCAAGUGUUGGUGGAAGCGGGGGAACUGCAGAAAGCGGUAGCGAGAGCGGUGGUUAUUUCGCUGGAAGCAGUCAAAGUGGUAGUCAAAGCGACAACACCGGUGGAAGCGGGAUUGUGCCAGUCAUUGGAGGGAGCUGGGACACAAGAACGAGUGGAAUCGAAAGUUCCUCAGGUGGAGAAGGUAGCCCCACUGGUACUGAAGGAGGUACAGGAACCGGUGGGCUCGGAAGUAUUCCAGGCACCGGAACAAUCGGUGGCGAUGGCGUCCGCCGAUGGAACAUCGUGGACAAGGAGAGAAAAUAUGAGCUCUCAAGAAACGCAAGUUAUCGAGUCAAGGAUCGGCUUGGAAAUGGCGACAAAUGCUAACAAGUAG